UUUUUUAUUAUUUGAUGUGUAUGGACGCGCGCGUGUGUUUCGUAUAAACGAUCUACUGACGAAUGGAACGUAUUGGACGGUUAGAUGUGAAUGUCCAAGUUCGAUUUCAGUAACUGUAACGGUUGUUUCAAGAAAAGACUGAAAAUUUUAUUUAGAAUAUAAACUUAAUUAUAUAAAAUGCCAAAAUCAAAGGAAUAUGUGUCAAGUGAUAGCGAAAGUGAUAGCGAGCAGGAAGAGCAAGUCAAAAAGAAACAGAAAAUAGAAAAAGAAGAAAAAGCUGUCGCUAGUAAAAAGCCAAAAAAAGAAGUAAAAGAAUCAAAAGAUGAAGAUGAAACUGUGUGGGAUUUAGGUAACAAUCGUCAAGUAAAUGUUAGAGAUUUUAAAGGAAAGCUCUUUGUGGAUAUAAGAGAAAUGUAUUAUGAUAAAGCAGGAGAUUUAAAACCAGGCAAGAAAGGUAUAUGUUUAAAUAUGACACAAUGGCGUAAGUUCAUGUCAAUCGUGGAAGAAGUUGAUAGAGUUGCAAAAUCAAAAUGUUGAUAAAUUAUUUUGUCUUUGUUGAUUAAAGUCAUCUUACCUGAUUAUAAGAUGUA